UUAAAAGUAGUUGAAGCCCACGGUUCAUAGCUCUUAAGAAAUGGUGGCUGGCUCUUUACACUUUAGCAUAGAUGCAUCAAGCUUAUUGCUGCACUAUGUUUAUUUAUUCUCACUUAUUUUCAAGAGUAUCUUAAAUUGUUUAUCUUGUUUAGUUCUUGGGAAAUACUUUGAUGGUUUAAUGCAAUUACUUGAAUCAAUAUGUGCAGAUUGCACUCUUACUUUCUGAACUCCUUUGUGUGUGUGUGUGAAGGAGAUGAAUGUGUUAGGGUGUGUGUUGGGGGUGGGGAUUGAAACGAUGAGAUCCUUUGUUCGAAAUUCAAAUUCCGUCUCAUAUUCCAACAAUGGGACGGAGGGAGUAUUAUUUUGGAACAGAGGAUCUUGUUCGGUGAGGUGUCGUUAUCAUGUCCCUGAGCCGGGGAAUCCAUGUCGGCCGCGGAGGGCUGACCCGAAUCCAUUUGUAUGGUUGUUCACCACUAAUACACUACUUAUUAGUUAUAUAUGCUGUGAAGUAAUUAUUUCUGAUGCUUUUGAAUAUAUUAGAAAGAUCAUUGCCCAGAAAAAAAAUGACAUAAUUGGGUUGGAAUAUUACCUUUUAUUAAAAUGUGUAUGAUAUUUGAAUAGCUUUAUUCUUUAUUUCGUUGCAAUUAUAAAGUGUAGUCGAAGUUGGAGGCCACUUUAACUAUGAGUAAUAUUAAUAUUAUUAUCAAAUUAGGCGCACAUUUUAUUCGCUGCAUUCAUCACACGCUUUCCCAAUCUGUCACAAGUAUUUAUUCCUAUUCCACUAACUUUAAUUCAGAAAAAUAAAAAUCAAAUUACUCUAUUUUUUCCUAGUUCACCUAUAUGUAUAAAUAUGAGGGACACAACCAUCAAAUUUUACAACUCCUCAACUCAUAAACACACAUUGUUUCUUCACCAUCACAAAUAUAGAAAUGGCCUCCAACACUACCGCACAUCAUUCUGGAAAUUCCUCAUUAAAAUUCACCAAGGAGGAACAUGGAAUGAAGAUUUCACCUAGAAACCUCAACAUUGUACGGGGCAACGACGACCGCUAUUGGAAAGUACAGAAAAACAAUGAUUCGGCGGCGGCAGAGCUGAAUCAAGUGAGCUGGCUAGAGGUGACCGGAGGCGUGGAAGGGACGACAACGACGAAGAGCUACGAAGUAGGGUUUAUUGUGUCGUUGAAUGCAGAUGCAUUUGGAUGGGGGAAUUAUCCGAUUUACAUCAUGAUUAAGGGAGGGAAUGAAGACAAUAUUACAUGGACUAAAGUUCAGAUUAACCCUGAUAAAAAAGGCCAGUUUGAGAUUAAGGGGAAAUUGAUGAAAUCUAAUGAUCAAAUCGGAGCUUCGGACAAUGAGAAGCUCAGCUUCGGAUUGUACGAGGUUUGGAGUGGGAAGUGGAAGGGAGGUCUCAAGAUUCACCAUGCGUAUGUCAAGGAAAUUUGAUUUGAAUAAUUUUUUUUUUAUAUAUGGUUAUAUCUUUUGUACUACUAGAUUUAUUUCAUUUAAUUUGAGGAUGUUUGUGUCUUCAUAUAGAAAUUGAUGAUUCUAUGUAGUUUUCUAAUGUCUAAUAAAAAUGUUGAUCAUUUGGUUAAA